GCCUCUUGUCUCUGCUGCUUGCAAACAUCUUGAUAAGCUUGUGCUGAAUUACACUAAUCUUUAAAGAUCCCACACUGCCCGAAGUACCUCAAGCAUGAAGACAAAACUCACACUUUAAAAACUAGUUUUGGCAGUGUUUUAAUUACUUUGGUUGUUGUCCGGAUCAGUACAAGCUUACAUUAGAAUGACUUCAAUUCUGAGCAGAGGGUACCAUUUUGCAGCAUUCAGCUGGUAUGCCUUUGUUGUGAAGAGUCUCGCUGCUAAGAAUGGAGAGAAGCUACCACCAGGAAUCUUUGUUUAUGGAGGACCUUGGAAGUACCUUACUUUUUUGAAUUUGUUAUUACAAAUGUCCUUCUUUGGACUGGCGGCACUGAAUGAUCUACAACCUUGGGAAAAGUCAAAGAGUGCUCUGAACAGAUGUAAAGACCUACUCUUCUCUGUCUUUGCCUUCCCCGUGGGCAUGUUUGUUGUUCUACUUUUCUGGACCCUCUUUGCCUAUGACAGAGAAUUAGUCUACCCAGCAACUAUUGACACCUUCUUCCCCCCCUGGAUAAACCAUGCUAUGCACACAUUUGUCCUUCCUAUUUUACUGGGAGAAGUGCUGGUGCAGCCUCACAUCUACCCACAGACUAAACAUGCACUGGCAGCGUUAGGAGGUGUGGGCUUGGCUUACUUAUUUUGGAUUAUAUGGGUGUACUUGUCAGUUGGAAUUUGGGUGUAUCCCCUUCUUGGGCACUUCAGCACUGCUGGCCUGAUGGGCUUCUUCUUUUUUAACAUGUCGGUGGUGACAUUGGUCUUCGUGAUAGGAGACAAGCUCAACAGCCAUGUCUGGAGUAAGGACAUGAACAAAAUGAAAACAAAAGCUAAGUAAUUCUGCCUCUGGUGGUCAAACAGUAGUCACAAAAACACAGUGAAGGAAAUUUUGAAAGCAGAUGUAACACAUUCUCCCUCUUUCCAAUUCAAAAAGUUAAAUUUAUAAGCAAUAAAAGGAACCAUUUCUCAAAUAAAUACACUCAGGGGUUUUGCUGCUACAGCAUUUGUUGGUCUGCUAUGACAGUGUUUAUACAGUCAAUGAGUAUGACCACUAGCUUUUGAUAGCUAAAGUUAGCUAAAGUUAGCAAACCAAAUAGCUGUAAAACGCACAUUACUGAGUCACUCCGCUGACUAUAUAUAUGUAAAUACUAAACAUAACAUGAUUGUUCCCUGCUUGUGCUACUGUAAUCUAAAUGCUAAAGUACUGUUAAGCUAAGCUACUUUCAGCAUUCAGCUAAAAUCUAGCGGUAGCAUUAUUCCAUUACUGUCAGUUGUAGCCACAGUAGCUGCUUUGAAGCCAAUGUCACAAAGUUUCACUUCCAAGGGGUUAAUCUGUGCUGAAACUGUAUAGGCUACAAAAGCUACAUUGUGUAACGCUUAUACUUCCCAAGAGGUAUUCAACAUCACACAAACACUUAAAUAAUGCAAUUUCAACAAAGCAAGCGUAAUUAAGCAAGUAGCACUGGCAGCAACAGCACAAGCAAUCAUCCUGUUUUUAGAUUUUCAUUUCAUGCGUUCCCUGAUU